AUGCCAGCGACACAUGCACUCAAUCGUACUCGUAACUUGGUCUCGCAAAUCCAAAAGAGCAUGGCAGAUCUUCAUUUCUACUACGCCCCUGGAGCCUGUUCUCUGGCUUCACACAUCCUUCUCCAUGAAGCCGGAGUACCAUUUACCACCACUCGUCUUUCCGUGAGACCGGCAUUUCCGGAUGACUACGCAUACAUCAACUCCAAGAAACGAGUGCCCGUGCUGUCUUUCAACGGAGACUUCAUCACCGAGAACCCCGCUGUCAUGCUAGCCGUUUCUCAACUUGUCCCCGAAAAGAACCUGAUGGGGAAAACGGACCUCGACAAAGUCCGGGUGUUGGAAUGGAUGAAUUGGCUGUCGGCGUCGGUGCACGGUCAAGCGUACGGAAUGAUCCUGCGGCCCUCGCGCUUCUCGGACCAGGAGAGCUUGCACCCUGGUAUCCGCGAAAAUGGCAUGAAGACGCUACAGGAUUGCUUUGCCCAGAUUGAAUCGUGGUUGGGGAAGAAUAAACAACAGGGCGUAGGGUUUUACGCUUUGGGCGACGGACAGAACUUCAGUGCCGUUGAUGGCUACCUCUAUGUCUUCUACCGGUGGGCCAUCAGCCUCAAGUUGGACAUGCAAGCGCAAUAUUCUAGAUACUCUACGUUGGUGAGGAAGUUGGAAUCUCGUGAUGCCGUCCAGCAGGCUUUGCAGGCUGAGGGGCUACAAUCGGUCCUGUAA